AUGUCAAGCAAGGGAAAAGACAUAGUAGAAGGAUCAUCAAGAUCCUCUCCAAGUGGUGCUGAUCAGCAGCAACAGCAGUUACCACUGAGUCGCUAUGAGUCUCAGAAGAGAAGGGAUUGGAACACUUUUGGACAGUACUUGAGGAAUCAAAGGCCUCCUGUCCCACUUUCUCAAUGCAAUUCCAACCAUGUUCUUGAAUUCCUUAGGUAUUUGGAUCAGUUUGGGAAAACCAAAGUGCACUCACAAGGGUGUUUGUUCUUUGGGCAAAGUGAACCACCUGGACCCUGCACUUGCCCUCUUAGACAAGCUUGGGGUAGCCUUGAUGCACUCAUUGGAAGGUUGAGAGCUGCAUAUGAAGAAAAUGGAGGCCUUCCUGAAACUAAUCCUUUUGCAAGUGGUGCCAUAAGAGUCUAUCUACGUGAGGUGAGGGACUCUCAAGCCAAGGCUAGAGGAAUCCCUUAUAAGAAGAAAAAGAAGAAGAGGAAUAUAAUCAAGCCCAACGGGGAAGCCACCUCAAACUUGCCUCUGCAGUAAAGUUUUAUGUAAUUCCUCUUGGCUUCUUCAGGAGCAUGUGAUCCUUAAAUUAUUUCAAAGUCCUGAAUAUGUUGCUAGGCCUUGGAUAACUUCAGCUGCAGUUCUGGAAGUCGGGUUACAAUCAACUAUCUAGAGAUAUCCAUG